AUGCAAGGCACCAAGAAAUCCGGGCUCGCUGGCUUGACUGCAGGGAGGCCCUCUGCGCUCCCAAGGGCUGCUCCAGCCUGUCCAGAAGCAGCCCAGCUCUUCUGGAUCCACGGAGAGCCACCAGAGUCACACCGUAUGCCCUGGACAGCCACGCGGCUCCUGCACACAGAGAGCGAAGUUGCAGGGCAUCUGGAAGGCACAGGGGCCAAUCCCCCAUGUCACGGGGGAACCCAGGUCCUCCCAGGCCGGACUCCCCAUGUGCAGGGCCCAAAGCAGGCCCGGACAGCAGCUGAAAGGGGAGGACUCCUCACAAAUGCCAAGGAGGGGGGCGCUGCCCCUCUGCCGGACCAGCCUACGGCUGCCCCCCAGAAAGGUGGCAAUCCACCAGAUGCCCCCCCGCAAGAAGGCACCGGUGAGAAAUCAUUUCAAGGCUCCAGUGGUGCUACCUCAGGGGCCUACAAUGUGACAGCCCUCGCCACAUCCUCCCUGCUGGGCCUCCUCCAGACCAUCAAGGACCACGUCACCAAGCCCACCGCCAUGGCCCAGGGACGUGUGGCCCACCUCAUCGAGUGGAAGGGGUGGAGCCCCAACCAGGUGGGUUGGGGGCAGGCUCCCCCCGAAGAGGCGCUCUACGAGGAGCUGACGGACGAGCUGAAGGAGGCUCGCUUUGCGGCAGGCGUGGCAGAGCAGUUUGCCAUCACGGAAGCCACACUGAGUGUCUGGCCCUCGCUGGAUGAAGAGGCGCAGAGCUAUGGGCGAGGCUCAGAGGACGCGAUCCAGCUCCCAGACCUGGAAGGCCUCUGCCUGCAGGAGAAUCUUCGGUUCUGCCCACCGGCCUUGGCAGGCGGCCCCCGGACCUUCUUGCUUUCCACCCGCGAAUCCCCCAUCCCAGACCGGCCCUCAGAAGCGAACGGCUGGGGCACGGCAACAGGCGGCUCGGGAAGGGGAGACAGGGAGCGGGCAAGCCUCCCCGGCUCCCUCAGGCAACAGCGGAGUGCCACGUCCCUGCGCUACGCGGACAGCAGCUCUCCCUCGGAGGAUGAAGUCUUCUACGACUAGGCCAGGCCCUCGGGCAGGGAGUCGGCGGCUCCAAGGGGGCUGGACGCGUGACUGACAGGGGCCUUGGAGCAGAGACCAAGAGGGGCCUUUUCUCGGGCCCAUCCCACCUUCCUCUGGCUCUCCUGGCCUGCCCCAGAGGAGGAGGGGAAGCGAAUCACCGUCCCAGGGCCGCCUCUGCUGCAGGAGAACGCCGUGCUCUGGCACAUGCCCGCACAGCUCACCUAAUCCGUUAUUAGCCCUUCCGGUGUUGCGACUGACCUGUACAGCUGACCAGGCCAACGCACGUGGACUGACUGAGGGGCUCCCAGCACUGCGGAGGACAGACCUGCAUGCUCAGGCCGUGCAUCCCUUCGGGUUUUCCUGCCUACGUGCUGUGUGUUUCCAUGCUUGCUAAGGUUCACAGAGCAACGGCGAAGCUUCCUUAUCGGCUGAUGGUGCCUGGU